ACAGCAAGAUGAGGAGAUUAGAAAAGUCGUGAAAGAAAAUAAGGCCAGGUAUCAAUAAGUUAAGAAAUUUAAGGAUUCAUAUGCUGUCAAGUUUGUUAGUUAACUCUGGGUAAGGUUGCUGGAACUUUGGUUAUGUCUGAGAUGUUAAAAGAAGAUAGUUUUUUAUUGUCAUUGUUCAUUAAGAUGCAGAACCCAUCAUUAGCUUCUUAGAGUUAGGCCAUUCCUGAGUUUGUCUAAUUUUAGUUUAGAGAAAGGGCUGAACAUUUUUUAAGUCAGAAAGAAAAGGGGUUGAACAUUUAGAUUUGUCAAGUCCAUUUCCUACAAGGUUAGCUAAAGGAAUUCUGUUGAUGUGAAGCUUGAACAACAAGGAGUGUUAAUUAUAUAGCCAGAUUCUUGGUGUCGUGGUGAUACUAAAGUUGAUUUGAUAGGCAUGUUGGCAGUUUUAGACUGAGAUAACUUUGUUAAAAUUGGAGUGAUGGAAUAUGAAGGGAUUAAUGGUGAUGGGUGGAAAUGUAUUAGCCACCUCCUACCAACCCUUUUAGAAGGACAAGUUGGUGGGGCAGUUCGUGAGGGAAAAGAACGCCGCAGGCUAUGGGCGCAGAAGAAAACACCAAAAAAAUCAAAAGAAGUUAACAAUGUAAAAGAUGUGGUAGAAGCUGAAACUGAAGAUGAGCCUCAUGCUAAUAUAGGGAUGCUUCCAACUAACAUAGUUGAAAUGCUCGCUGCCCGUGAAAAACAAGUUUUCUUAUCAGACUCCGAGGAUGAAAAUUCUGAGGAAAAACCAAGGAAAAGAAAGAAAAAACACAAAACUUCAGGGUUAGAACCUGUUAUUUUGAAGGAGAUACCCCCUGCUCCAUGUUCGCAGAAUUCCUUGGAUUUCUUAAAGAAAAGGAAAAUGCAAGUUCCAAGAUCAUCUUCAGUUUUGAACAACUCCAACCAAGCACUUCGCCUCCUUUCUACUACUGGUGUGUUAAGUAAAAAUUGACAAAUUUUACGAGUGCUAUUGUUAUGAAGAUCGCCAUAUAGGCUGUCAAAAAACAUGGAAAUUGAAAGGCUCGUAUGGCUGAUGUUGUAGAAUUUUUUGAAUCUGCCUUUGUUAUUGCUUUAUUUAUCAUCACAGUAGAUGGUAUCAUUCCAAAGAAUUUGCCAGUUACUUGUUGCCUCUACCUAUGUUGAAGGGAUUAGAUUGUGAAUAUAGAUGGAAAUUUUCU